UUUAGUCGGGGCCAAUGGAUUAUAUACACAAGAUAUAAGUAAGCCAAAUAAUUCAAGGGAGUGCUGAGAUAAUAAAGGUGGGGAGAUGUGACUGAGUGAUAAGGAGGGAGAACACUAAUUCAGAUUGAGACCUGGUCUAGGAAGUGUGGUCUCAGGAGGUGACAUCUGAGCUGACACGUGAGUGACCUGAAGAAGCCAGCCAUGGAAUGCUAUGGCAGAAGAGCAUUCCAGGUGGGAGGGAACUGUGAGUGCAAAGGCCCUGAGGUAGAAAUACUUUUUGGUAAUAGAAUGAACUCCUUCAUCAUUUGCUGCCUUUUUAGAGCCCUCAGAGUGGCCCUUGGAUGUCCUGGGCUUCUCUCAAGCUCGGCCCUAAGAUGCCGACUUGUCCAGAGAGCAGUAGGUCUCUGAGGCUGUGGGUGCCCCUCCCAGAAGCCUUGUGGCUGAACCGGAUCUGAGUUUCCUGGUUCCCAUCUGGCAUGGGGUAAGCAGACAUCUUCCCCGCCUUCUUUCCCCAGGCUCCAGCCUCAGCCCCAAAUCUCCAUGGCAACUCCGGACACAAUCCUGAUCUGAAGAAGGAUCUAGAGCACAAAGAUCACUGUGAAGGGACCAGAGAGCUGGUGGACUUACCUCCCCUUGCUCCUCGUGUCCUGCCAGCCAGGUCCCCACAACCUGGUCUCCCCAAAGACCCCAAACCGAAAAUUCUGCAGGUCUGCCCCACUGCUGGGCACAGCAGGGCCUGGAUGAAGGCCUGCCUCCCGCAGCUGCCCCAAAGGCUGCUCCUGUUGGGGGCAGCUGCCCUGGCUGCAUCUGCUCUGGAGACAGCCGACCUGGUGGACCUCUGCGGGCAGACGUGGCAGGGGGACGGGCUGCUGCUGCGCUCGCACGCCGCCUCGCGCAGGUUCUACUUCGUGGCCCCGGAUACCGACUGCGGGCUCUGGAUGCGGGCGGCGGCCCCCGGCGACAGGAUCCGCUUCCAGUUCCGCUUCUUCCUGGUCUACAGCUUGGCCGCGGCGCCGCGGACGCCCCCGGGGCCUCCGGCGCCCAACGCCUCCUCCCCGGAGCCCGCCGACCCGUGCGCCCCCGGGUCCUACCUGCAGUUCUACGAGGGCCCGCCGGGGGCGCCCCGGGCGCUGGGGGCCCCUCUCUGCGGCCUGACCAUCCCCGCCCCGGUGGCGUCCUCCGGGCCCUUCCUGGGCCUCCGCCUGCUCACCAGAGGCCGCCAGCCCCGCGUGGACUUCGUGGGCGAAGUCACCUCUUUCCGGUUGGGAUCCUGUGGUGCCUACUUCCGCUGUCGGACCGGCAGGUGCAUCCCGUGGAGCCUGGUGUGCGAUCGCUGGGGUGUGGACAACUGUGGCGAUGGUAGUGACCAGGCAUCCUGGCCACCGGCCGACUGCAGAGGUCCCUCUCUGGUGCCCAGCCAGGCGAGGGCUACAGAUGGCCAUACCUCCCAGCCCCUGACGCCCUCCCCAGCUCUCAGGUCUGCAGGCCCCCUCCAGAUGGCGGCCGAGAGGAGCCCCCUGGCAGGCCGGGCCCUCGAAGAGGGGGAUACGGCAGCUCCUCCGGGAGGUAUGCAGCUCUUGGUUCCCACCUGAUCCCAUUCCUCCCACCAAGGUCACACUUGUCCCUCUCUAGGUGACAGGGAUAGGGCAGCAGGCCCAGGCUGAAGCCUGAGUGGACUCUCCCUUUCCUUCUGCAGGUCCCCGGCUCCGGGGCGUGGCACCGGUCCCUUCGCUGGUCCUAGCCUCCACUGGCCUCCUUGUGGGCCUCGCCUGGUGCUGCUGCUUCUCCAGCUGGCUGGCCUGGCGGGCUGGUGCCCGUGGCCUCUGUCCCAGCUGCACCAUCUGUCACACGUGUCCUGGCCAGGUGGCUCCCGGGGGGCCGCAGCCGAGCAGGCCGACCUUCCAGGGGCGGGGAGGACGUCCCUAGAGGCUGUGGCUUCAGAGAAAAGAGAGCCGGCUCUGGGCUCAGACGGACCUAGGGUUCUACCCCAUCCCCAGGAGGGCCGUCUGACCUUGGGCAGGUUGCCUAACCCUCAGACUCAGGCUGCUCCUCUGGAAAAUGGGAGGAUUCCUGCCUCACAUGGUUGUUGUGAGGAGCUAUCGGCGGGCCCUCUGCUGGAU